CGUUGUUGGCUACAACCCGCUCGUUGCUUAUUAUCAACAUACGCAGUAAUUUCGAGGAUACCACUUCAGACUAGUGUAUAUGCCUGCUCGAUAGAGCUUUGCGUAGAGUAUUCUGGUUGAUUCGAGUAUUGGAAAGAACUUCGUUUUCUUCACGGCGAUGAGCCUUUUGGUUGCUAUGGGAACGUUUACCGUAGUAACAACUGUUACUUUCAGCAGACUCUGCAGAAAAAGGACUGAGAAUUAUGACGUUGUCAGGAACAUUUUUCCUGUGUGAUUCUUACUUAAAAAGUUCUUCAUCUGUAAAAUCUUGAGCUCAUGAUAACUAUGAAACACACAAACAAGUUCUAGUUUGAUAUCUAUGAAGGCUAGAUCAAGCUUGCUCUGUCCCUCUUGGAAGCCGAAGAUUCAAGAACGGUUACUCUUGUUGCAUUCGAUGCUGGACGGAAAACAGGAAUCACCAAGAAAGAAAGCGAAGCUCACUCACGACUAAGUUCUUUCUCCUUGAAGAAAUUCUGGAGUAAAGCGUCUCAGUACUAAAGACUUAGUUGACCAAGUAGUUUUCUUUUCCUGUAAAUGAAGACAUUAUACUAGACUAGGUCUGGAUCUAGAUAGAUCAAUAUCUUGGAUACAAUAAAGCAUGCUGAACGACAAAGUAAUUUCUCUGUCACACUGAACAGGGAGUGAACUGGAAUCGUGAAGUUCGUGACUUCUGAGCCCAGCACAUCUACCAUGUCAGGCUGGAGUAUGCACAACCUCAUGAUUCCUCCAGACUCAGCUAUGAGACACUCCCAGUAUUCUGUCCUUGGGGACCAAGAGGAACUGAACAGCGAUUUCUUAGUGCAUGCUGAUAGUGGAGAUUAUUCUCGCAAUUCUGGGCCAAUCUUUUGCACAAGAGAUAAUCUUUUGAACUCUGUUGCAUAUAUCAACCAGGAACUUGAGCUCCUUGGACUCUCCUGUCUAAGGCUUGACACCGCCAAAGGGGCGUUUGAUACAGUUUCGUUCGUCAACCGCAUGUACGACCUGCUAACUCUGUACCACAAAACUCUGGCUGUAAAGGAAAAUGUGGAAGAACGGAAUCACAAAUUGUCCUGUGAGAGCGAGCAUCGGCAGUCUGUGAACUUGAGGAUGAAACAUUUGCAAGAGCAGGUGGAUCGGGAGUUGGCUAAAGAGCAAGAGAAAUUUCGACAGAUUAAUGUGAAGUACAAACAGAUCUGCAGCAAAGUGAAAACGGAAAAAGAGGAGGCGAAAAGACUGACUGCAGCCAUUCAUUCUAAAGAGGUGCAGCAUCGACACGAGCUGAAGAAGAAGGAGAGGGAGAUCCACAGGCUGAAGGAACGACUGCACCAGCUGCUCGCUGACAAGGUGCCGGACAGGAAAGUGGGAAUGGACCUGAUGCAUGUUGUUGGACUGAGCGAGGGCCGGCGAGCUACGUGGAAAGUGGGCCUUGAAAAGCAGGAAGAGGAGAUGUAUCAGCUUCUCAUCAAUAACUAUGAGGAGCGACAUCAUGAGCUCAUGCAGGAGAACUCUGAACUGCGGGACUGUCUGCUAGCCUUGCACAGAGAGUUGUCCGCUCUCCUCAAACACACAGGGGACAUGUCCUCCUCCAGUGGGGCUGAGUUGUCAUUUCCUGCUGGUGAUUUAUCAUCGGGGGAAGAGUCCGACGACAUCAUGAAGCGAGGACCGAGACUGUCGAUGAAAGACUUGGAGGCAGACUAUUUUCAGAUGCCAUAUGACAUGGUUAGGAAAGAAGUGGAACGCACUUUCAAAGAGACGUGCCAGCAGAUCUCAGAGAGCAUGAAAAAGUCUUUAGUUCGAACAGUGACCAAAGGUCAUCCGUCCAUCGUCAUGUCACAGUCGGUGACCUCAGCUUCGGGCACGACUGACCGCGACACUUCAGAUCGUCACCAGGGGGCAGCGGAGUCAAUGGAUGUGGAGAAACUCAAGAAGCAGAUUCAGAAGUACAAGAGUAUCAUACAGCAGCAGGAGGAGCUGAUACAGCAAUCACUGACAUCGCAGUCACACUCUGUGGAAAGCAGCUUCCUGCACGAGUCUCAGCUGCUGAAGGAGAAAGAGAACCUCUCGGAGCAGAAGAGGCUGUUCUUUGAGGAGAAGGCAAAUUUUGAAAAAGAACGCCGCGCUUACACCGAAGCUGCUGUCAGACUGGGAAGAGAGAGACAAGCACUUCAUGAAGAAAGGUCCAAUUUUCUGAAGCAACAUUUUCUCAACCUAAGCCCAUUUAAAGAAAAGGAACACAGGAAACAGAAGAUUGGUGGUGGAUCCAGCAACAGACUCCUGCCGGCCACCCCGGUUUUCUCCCCUGCACGCAGCAAAAGCAAAGACUCUGAUGACCUACCUACAGCUGCAGACCUCUUCAAAGUGCUAGGUCUCAGUCCAUUGAACUCGAGGUUGGUUGGCAGCCCAGACGUUAGUCAGAGCAGCUCAGGUACAGAAGCUCCAAGGGAAGGGGUCCCCGUCAGUAGCACACCUUCAAGAGUCACACCGCCUCCAAACGUCACUGGUAUUUCUUCUGUCUCCUCCGAGACUAACCCAGCCCGCCGUUCAUCAGCUGAUGCCUCAAGUGUGGGUCUUGACAUGAUCAAAGCCUCUCUCCUGGGAAGAAGCUGUUCCUGUUCUAGACAUGGUGACAGUCAGAAUACUUCGUCUUCUACUCUUAAAAGAGACUGAGAAAUGUUUUUUUUAUGGUUGAAGCUGAAUAGUUUGUACCGUUAAAUGAAAAUCAGAGGGUUUUCUUUCUUUUGUAUUUAUGAAAAUGGAUUGAUCAAAAUACUAGCAGUUCAGGCAAAAGAUGCCUAUGCAUGAAGAUGUGUGUUAGUAUUUUAGUGUGAAAAAAUAGGUACUUUAGGAUUAGUGCUGAAAUAAUUUUAGCCAAUGGGGGGCAAUACAGUUUAAUGGUAUUCGAUUUUGAAAAGGAAUUAUAAAAAAUGGUUGUGGUAAAUGCUAGAAUAUUUUAUUGUCUCUAGUGUGCUCCAGUUGUUUGAGUGAAAAAAAUCAGCUGGGGAGAGAAGCUGGGCUUUGUUUUAAUGCUAGUGGGGUUUCUAGGUAAUAAACCCCUUUUUAGUUUUUUCAUUAAAGUGUUCAGGGGGAGCAGAUAAUGUAGUUUUGAAGGUGAGUUUUUGCCACUGAGCCCUGAGGUCUUUGUUCUUCUGUGAACUAAUACUUGUUUGCAGUUUAAAUUGACCUCAGUCAUCAGUCAAACAAAAUUGAAGCAUAUCAGUGCUAUUUGACUGUAGCUCAAACUUGUGUAUCAUGUGUGCGGUCUUCACGGAAGUUGCGGGAGUCUUGUCUGCUUUCUUGCUUGGAUAGGUGAUUUAAUAUAAACACUACAUAACCAGUUACAAGUUGUAUUCAUGUGAUUUUUAUUUAAGCCAAUCUUAACAAAGUUUUUAGCGGUGGUGGCGACCCAUAGCCUCAAAACUGGUCUCUCAGAUGAGGAAAGUGAUUUGUUUUUAGUUAUGACUUUUAUGGGCUAAAAUGAUUAGUUCAGCAUUGUACAAUGGCUGGCUUAGAUAACUGCCUUUGUGCUUUCAGUUAUUCUCCUUAGUCUUGAUUUGAGGAUAAAUAGAUGUAA